AUGCAUGGGCCCCCACAAAUGCUGAAGUGGGACUAUGGGCUCUUCUGUAAUCGUUUGGAUGGUGUGAAAGCAAGGGUUUCGGCCCGCAGUGUCUUACGUGUGGACCAAUCACGACCAAACCAAUACUCCCUCACCGUCACUGGCAACAGAUGCACUGAUAAAUGGAUUCAAGUAUGUGAUGCGAUGUGUGAUGCGAUAAUGGGAGACAGAGGAAGGAGCAAUGACAGCAGCAAAGUUUUAAAACACUCUGAAAGCUAUUAUUUUGAAUAG